ACAGAUUUGGUCAGUGGAUAAUCAACGAGAGGCUUAUACCGGCAGAAAUAAUCCAUAACACUAGAAUGGGGGAUCAAUCAUCGAAUCAGCAAGGACAAAUUCUGCAAAGGCUGAGAAAUAUAUUUGCUCAAGAUCCAAAAGGGAAAGGAGAAAUGAUAACACCGCAUCCAAAUAGGAAUGAAAUGCAAUCAAAUCCUGAUGGAGGUUUUCAUGGUGGAGUAGGAACUCAAUACACUCUACCUGUUAUUGCUCAUCAGCCUUAUGAACAACCUACAACAAAGAAAGAUACAGACAUGCAAAACUUUCAGAGCAAAGCAGAUAAAGGGAUUCCGAAUCAUUAUCAGCAGAUAAUAGGAGAGAAGUCAUUAUACACAUACAGUCACCAAGGACCUCCACUGAUAGGGAAUGUUACUGGUGUAGUUCAGGACUAUCCAGCAGCAGUAAAUGGCGUAAUAGCAGGAGAUAUCAGUAUCAAUCCAGUUUCGGAGCGACAUUCAGCAAAGGAGAUGACUGAAAAGACACAACAACAACCCAAUAAGGACAUCACUCAGUUGGAAAUGUCAGCUAAAUCUGCAAGCUCAAAGAGAUCGGCUCCCUCUACUGAAAUCAUAGGUCAGCCUUCAGCAAAAAAAUCAUCAAUAAGUCAAAACAUGAAUGUGCCCUUUGAAACAGAGAAUGCAGCUAGGCCGACUCUCAUGCAAUGCACCAUGAGGGCUAUAUCCCCAUAUAAUCCAAGUCCCUCUCUCACACAAAAUGCUCAAUUGAUGGAUGGAACGCUCAAGCAACAGCAUGAUGCAGAACCAAGCAUUUUAGGAACUGCUCCACCUCUUGCUGGAUUACCAAGGCCAGUCUUUCCAAAUGUUUUCAUAAAUAAUGAAGUUGCGGGAAGGAAAAAAUUGUCAAGAUGGGAUAUGAAAACUCAAGGGACAACUCAUUUUACACCUGGAUCAGCUACUUGGAAAAGGCAUGUCAAUGCAGGAAGAGGGAAAUCAGUGCCAACCCGCAUAAAUACUAUGCCUCCACCAUCACCUUGCAGAUCAGAUGCAACAAGUGCUAUUGGCUAUUCUUAUGAGCAUGAACCUUGGCCUCUCCACACACCUGCAGCCUCUCUGUCACAAGAAACCCAAGACUCAAGAAGAGGAGCUUUUUCACCACCGCAAAUGACUAGGGAGUUUUAUGUGGCACCAACGGCUCUAAUUGGACAAUCCUCAGGGAAUAUGCAAGAGGAAGCAAACCAGGGAAGUGAGAGGAAAGAACAAGAUGUCGACAAGAAUGGAAACAACAAUACUGAGGCAGCGGCGCCAGCCUUUAAGGCGCCACGGGCGCCAUGAAAGCUCUAGGUUGGAACUGCCAAGGCAUGGGCAAGAGCCUUGGUAGUACCAAAAUGAACCAUCUUGCCAGAAUGAUCCACUCUGCCAAACCUCAGUACCUUCAAGAAGUCGUUCUGGAGGGCUUUGGCUUAUGUGGACGGACGAGCUGAAGCUGCAUGUUCAUAGUUCUUCUUUUUAUGUUAUCCUAGCCAAUGUUACUAUAGUUGCUACUAGUCAAGAGUUUGGGUUAGUUUGUAUAUAUGGAGACCCCUAUCAUCAGCAAACUAGUGUAGUCUGGAAUGAGGUCGCUACUUUUGUGUAUAAUAACUGCAAUCUCCCUAUGCUUUGCUUAGGUGAUAUGAAUGAACUUCUGUAUGCUGUGGACAAAAAUUCUCAGAAUAUCAAUAUUCCUCGCA